AUGGGUCGUGCGAGGCGGUCACUACUCUUGCGCCUCUUCCUGCUUCUUCAGCUGAUGCCUCUACCCCACUGCCGGGAUCUGCCGGCGGACGAUGGCAGCCCCCGCCGUCAUCGUGUGUCGAGGAGGAGCGUGCUGGACAUUGCGUUUGUCCUGUGGUGCUACAGGAGCCGCUAUCAGUUCUCCAUUUACAGCGUGAACGGCUACGGCUGCUACUGCGGGAAAGGGGGUGAUGGAGUGCCCCUGGAUGACUUCGACAGCUGCUGCUUCAAUCACGACUGUUGCUACGAGGUGACCCUCCUGGCCUCCUGCGCCAAGGGCACUAACGUGUACUUCAAGCCUAAUUACUCCCUGUGCAAGCUGGGCAGGGCCGAGUGCCCCGAGGGUCUGGACCCCUGCUCCAGUGACCUCUGCCUCUGCGACAAGCAGUUUGGCGAGUGCCUGACCAUUGCCACAUUUCGGGACCAGUACUCCAACUAUCAGCAGAAGUUCUGCACUGAGCCCAAGCGGAAAUGUCCCCAAGAGGAGAAGAUUGACAUGGAGGGAGAAACCAGAAGAUAGAACAGGGACCUCACUGAUCUCCAUUGGAAAUGAUAAUCUCUGUUGCUGUUUUACAAUUACAUUUUUCUUAAAAUGUGCAAACUUUAUCACUGGGGGUUUUUGCCUUGAAAUUUACUGCCGCCCCGAAUAGAAUGG